AGAUCGUCAGAAGCUAGAUGCCUCAAGCCGAAGAUUGGUAUGCACGACCCACUACGAAGAUCCUCAUCCCCCACAAAUCUCCUCUCUUGACGCUCUCUUAUCCUCUCAUCUACACCUCGUCACACCUCCAGACCAAGAAACCCAAAAUCAAAAAAUCCCGGGCCAGCACCGAGACGGAAAACCAAAAUCGAAGAUGGACACCAUCCUGAUCCUCCAAUCGAUGUACCCCCUUCCUGACGAAAUCAUCCUCUUCCCCUCGACCGCUCUCGCCCUGGAAGAUCCUACGGCCUACGAAUCGGAUGGGAAUACAGGGGGGAAAGAGGAACUCGGGUUGGUCUUGAGGGUGCCUUUGAGGGAAGAAGGUGGAAGUGGUCAUGCUGCUGGUGAUGGUGAUGACGGAAUGAACGGAUUGGCUGGAGAUGCUGGGAUGGGAGAAGAUGUCAAGGUCGGGUUCAAGAUCAUCUUCCCCCCGACCUCUACGAAUCGCUUGGGAUCGAGCAGGAAGGACAGAAAGGACAGGAAUGUGAAGAUGACGCUCUCGGAACUCCCUACCGGGUUGAUCAGAGCGGAUGUGGAUCGGCUGGAAAAGGAGUUCGAAGACGUUCAACGGGAGGUCCGAAGAGAAACCGGUUCGGAGGGCAACGACGACGGGGACGAUGGAGGAGAAGAAGAGGAAGAUCAACUCGGCUUCAUUACGACCGUAAUCGACCUCAUCCGUCCGAAAAUCCUCUCCGUCCUCCUCCUGCGUCAGCAAGAAACCCUCCUCAACCUCAAUCUCAACUCCACCUCGGCGUCCUCUUCUUCCUCCCAGCCCGACCCGGACGAACCGCUCGAACGCGCCUACCUCUGGUUCCCCUCCCUAUCGACCCCUUCGAAACGUCGAGACCUCGUCACCUACGCGUCACGGUACCACCUUACCGGGUUCGUCCUCGCUGGAAAACCGGGCUUACUGUGUCUAGAGGGUAGAGGGAGGGCGUUUGAGAGGUACAUGAGCGAUAUCAAGAACGAGAGUUGGGGGGAUAUCCCUAGUUAUCAGAAAAAGGUCACCGAACGUACCCGCCACCAGAUCCCUCAUCGAGCCUUCUCCAUCAUGCAAGAGAUAACCCACCUGAUCGAUCAACGUGGAGUACACGGAAACCGGGGGGAUAUGAGGCAGGUGAAAGAGUGGAUGGCGAGGUACGGAUUGGAAGACGAGUUUGGGUUCGUCAUGGGCAUGUAGACGUAACGUCACACACGAUGCCCAGACGAGGAGCGGAGAGAGGGGAUCAGAUGGGGAGAGGAGGUCAGGCGGGAUGGGAUGAGCGGUGUACAGUGUCCUCCAGACAAGGCGGAAAGUCAAACUUCGAUGGGAGA